AUGUAUGCGGAGUCCAUUUUAGUGUAUCCAGUGCCCGCACGGCCAUCCGCUUACUCGAUUGGUCCAUCAAGUGCGGUGCAUCGUCCGCCCGUCUAUCAACAGAUCAAUCGUCCGGCGUCCAGCGGUGGUGUUUGCUGCAGUUGUGGUAGCGGGGCAGCCGGCCCACCUGGUCCACCUGGACUCGACGGCAGGCCAGGCGAAGAUGGCGCUCCAGGUACGGACGGUCCACCCGGUCAUGACGCACCACCGGGCGCCGUUUUAGGCGCUGAGCAGUUCUGUUUUGAUUGUCCUCCGGCACCGCCGGGUCCACCCGGACCACCAGGCCCUAAAGGACCGCCAGGAUCGCCUGGUCCACACUGCCCGACACCUCCCCAAGUUGGACAGAGAGGUCCGCCUGGACCACCAGGACCACCGGGUCCAGGCGGUCCACCUGGAGGUAUGGGAAUGCCAGGACCACCGGGACCACCAGGCCAAAUCUUACCCGGUUAG